AUGACCUCUAUUCGUCACAUAUAUGGUCUUGAAAAAAUUACAUCAAUUUGUGAUUACUGUUUUAAAAACUACAAUUUCCUUGAAGAAAUAGUUUUAAGUGAUGAUGUUAAAAUUGAAUUUGGAUGUUUUGAAGGGUGCACGUCUCUAACAAAACUCAAAAUACCCAAUGUGGAUAUGAAAGUUACUUUCACACCAAGUCUUGAUGAAACGCCAAUUUUAGAUAAAUUUGGGUAUACUUAUUCGAGUGUACUUUUUCUUUUUGAUGGAAAUGAUGAACUUCAAAAAUUUGAGACAAUUGCAAAGUGUAAAUAUUUAGUUGAAAUUAAACGUCGUAUUAUCAAAGAUGAUGUUGUUAAAAGUAUUACAAUACCAUCAAAUGUCACUAAAAUUCACAAAAACUUUUUCCAUGGCAAAUGCUACGAUAAAAUAGAUUUGGGGCGUGUCCGUGAAGUCGGUAACAAUUUGUUUGAUCCAAGUGUUAUAGCUGUAACAAUUCCAACAACACUCACAAAAAUAGGUAGAAACAUUUUUUAUAAAUGUACUGCACUUAAAAGUGUGGAUUUGUGUGGCAAAAAGAUAUUUUCGGGUUUUGUAAGUAUCGAUGAAAUGCGCCAUUUAAAAAAGUUGAAAAUAGUUUGUGACAACAUAUUUAUCAAAUAUGACCAACUUUUUAUUUAUAAAUACCUUCAAAACGUCCAUUUGACACUCGACAAAUCAGAUGACACAACAGCGCUUUCUAUUUUAGAAAUACCAGAAAAUGUAAAUACAAUUUCGUGUCGGUGUUUUCAACACUACCAAAAUUUAAAAGAGGUCAUAUUGCCAACAACUUUAACAUCAAUUGAAGAUAAUGCUUUUGAGUGGUGUGUUUCUCUCGAUACAAUUAAUUUUCCAGAGAGUCUUGUCCAUAUUGGGAAAUGUGCAUUUCAAUGUUGUGCACUGACUCACGUUUUUAUACCAAAAAGUGUGGCACAUGUGAAAGAUAGCGCUUUUCGAAAUUGUUCCCAACUAAUAAGUGCAACAUUCCCAGAUACUCUUUUUGAGUAUGAAGCCGUAUUUGGGUGGUGCCAGUCACUGACUUCAUUUGAUGUUUUAAAAACAAGUAAAAACAGAAUUAAAUUGAAUAAGACUUUUCAAGGAUGUUAUUACCUCAAAGAAAUUGACAUCCCAAAUAAUGUCACAUCAAUUGAAAAUUAUUCAUUCUUUAAAUGUCUGUCACUCACCAAAAUUUCAAUUGGAAAACGUGUCGAAAGAAUUGGAGAGAGUUGCUUUGGAAAGUGUGAAAGUUUGGAAGAUAUACAAAUACCAUUAUCAGUCACUUUCAUUGAUAAUUAUGCUUUCAAAGAAUGCUCAAAACUUCAAAAAGUGAUAUUCGCGAAAAAACUUAAUAACAUUUCACCAACUGCUUUUGAGAAUUGUAAUUUUUUGAGUCAGUUUAUUGUCAACAAUGUGGUGCUUGUUGAAAAUGAUAUGCCAGUUUCUUAUGACACUCAUCAAAUAUUAAAGAAAAAUUGUGUUGGAUGCAAGAACGUAGUUUUUAUGGGAAGUGACAUUAAAAAACAUUUGAAAAUUACAGAAGAGCAUAAAAAUAGAAUCGGGGAAGUGCCAAAUGAUGUAGUUCAACUGGAUGAAAACUGUUUUAGAAAUUACAAAGACUUUGAUUAUAUUAAAGUACCAAAAAGUGUCAGAAGAAUCAAAGAAUUUUGUUUCUAUCAUUCUGUUGCUAAAGAAAAUGUUUUAUUUGAAGACAUUAAAAAUUGUAAAAUCGAUGAGUUGGCGUACGGACUUAAAUUUAAUUAA